AUGAAUUACGCCUUGAGCACAUCGAACCCCACGCUGUCGUUUAACACGACAGAUGGGAGUUCCUUUCCUGAAUCUAACGGUAGAUCACAUCAAAUAGACAUCAUUGCUUGUGCCUCUAUCACAUGGCUGAUCGCCCUGCUCUUCGUCGUGCUUCGGCUGUACACUAGGGGGAGGCUCCUCCAUGUACUCAGUGCGACGGACUGGUGCAUCAUCUUGUCUCUUCUCUUCGCCGGCGGAGUCACUGCUAGUUCCAUUGAACAGGCAAUUCGAGGCUCGGGAACGCACCUCUGGCAGCUGGACCCUGCACAGGUUCCUAUGAUAACAAGGGCAUCAUGGUACGGAAUCUUGUUCUACUCACUCGCCCUGACCAUGACCAAGAUCUCGAUCCUGCUGCUCUACCGACGGAUAUUCACCUACAGCUGGGCGAAACUGGCGAGCCAGAUCGUGCUGUUCAUCGUCAUCAUCAUUGGGCUGUGGACCGUUGCGACCAUUUGCACAGCCUGCGUGCCCCUCCAGGCCUUCUGGCGCUGGGAGCUCGCGCUCGAGGGCAACGUGUACUGCCACCCGCUCAACCUGUGGUGGACGAACACAGGCCUGCACAUCGCUGCCGAAGUCCUGAUCGUCCUGCUGCCGCUGCCAGUGCUGCUGAGGCUUAGGCUGCCGCGAAGGCAGAAGUAUGCCCUCGUCGGCGUGUUCACGCUGGGGUUCUUCGUCUGCAUCGUCUCAGUCCUCCGCCUCCUCACCCUCAUCAGAGUUGAGACGACGCCCAACAUCGACGCCAGCUACGACGCCGAGCUGCUGUACUGGAGCGCCGUCGAGGUCAACGCCGCCAUCUCGUGCGCCUGCGUCAUGACCCUGAAGCCGCUGGUCGCCCGCAUGUUCCCGCGCCUCCUCUCCACUGCGCCGUACCAGCACCAGGACCAGAAUCGCUACCGCGGCCGCGACCAACAGACCAACGGCCCCGCCACCACCACCGCCACCGCCGCCGCCAUCAAUGCAAACUCGGCCCGCUCCCCGACGCCCGUGUCCGCCGGGCCGAUGCUGGAGCGCAUCAGCAGAACCGCCAAGAAGAGCGGCCGCCUGCCGUGGAUGGAAGACAGCGAAGAGGAUGACGGGCCGCUGCUGGACGCUGACGAUGACGACGUGCUCGGCCAGCGGCGCGUGGACGAGGAGAAGGGCCUCGCCGGGGGGGAGGACAUGGGAGUUUGGCGGCUCAUGGCGCCGCCGCGGACGCACACGCGGAGGCUCUCGAUACAGGUUACGCGGACUGUGCUGGUUACGACGGAGGCUGGCGACGCGGGGUUGAGGGGACAACACUCGUUUCCCCCGCGGCAGGCAUCGGGAUCGGGAUGUUUGAUGUGGUAAUGGUUCAAGCGGUGACUACGGCUGGAGGUGCGGGCACGCCGCUUUGGUAUUGGGCAGGGUCUAACAAAACGUGUGGUCCUUUCCGGCUGGAAAUCCGGGGGCCUGCUUGGAGAGGAAUACCUUUGAGCUGGCUGGUUGAGGGCUGUUUCUUUUGGGGUUGUUGCAUUGGCGCCGGUCUUGCACACACACAGGUCAAGGGUUACUUGGAUACCCAGGGUGGGUUCUUCAUGACUGCUGGUGUGAUGCUUGACGAUACAUCAUCGUAUCUGUUGUACCUAUAUAUGCUGUACAUAAUUUAACUUUGCCAAAUCUAGCAUCCCCACGGCCACACCUUCCUUACCCAUACUUGCCCCUAUUCAGAGGCAGGUUGCUUCGCCGGAAAUCAUCUCAGCGAUCUCAAGGGAGAGGCAAGCUUUCAACUUGGCCGUCCCAG